CUGGCAACACUGCGCUCGGUCGUUUCGCUCGUCAAAAGUGGCGAAAAAUAGUGAAAAAAUUGUCAAACUUUGGUGAAAAGUGUCGCUUUGUGAUGUUUGUUGUGUUUGCCGAUGAAAUUGCAUUGAUUUGCUCAAGGAAAAGCGUGAAAAUCGAAGCUGCAAACCUGAUUUUGGAGUAAAGAAGAAGAGCGCAUUUUUUCAUCGUCGUAAAACACGUACAUACAGACACACACACAUGUAUUUAUAUUUUUAUAUAUAUGUGUGUGUAUGAAACGCGCGGGCGCGAGAGAGCAAGCGAGUGAGAGAGAGGCAGCGGUAGUUGUGUGCGUGUUUUUGUGCGUUUGUUUUGUGUCGAGAGCGAGAGAGCGGCGAAUGUGAAAGCCAAAGCAGAAAAACCAAGAAAUAAGUGAACGAAAAUAAAAACGAAAAAUCGCAAUCUCCACCCCUGUUGGGAGUGUUUCAGCGUGUUAUUUGUGUGUUUAUCGAAGUUAUUGUGUGUUUUGUGUUUUAAUUUCGCGUGGAAAUCGAAAUGCUAGCAAAAUGCGACACCCCGCACGCGGAUUAUUUAUUGGCGAAGAACAACCCCGGCCGAGUAACUGAGCCUGGAAUCUGGGAAUCUCUGGAUAUUUUGCCACACAAAAGAUUUUUCAAGACGCAGACUUAAGAGAGAGAGAGAGAGGUGGAGUAGAGUAGAGUGACGAUGAUGAUGAUGUUGCGAUAAUGAUGAUGGCGCGAUAAUGAUGCUAAUGAUAAUGAUCCAGGCAGCAACAACAACUAGAGCCACUACAAAUGAGAAAAGUUGCCGCCGCGAAAGUACAGCAAUGUGGAAAACUGUGAAUUCGUCGACCAGAAACUCCCAGAAACGCAGAAAAACUAAACGCGCAAAAAGAAGAAUUUUCAUCAGGCCAUAAAACCAACAACAACCAUAACUGAAAUAGCAACAAGAACAAAGGAAAACUGUCGUAAAAAAAAGACGCAGAAGAGGCAGCAAGGAAAACCCACCACUUAACAGCAGAAACUUGACGAUGUAGCAUCUGCAAGUCUCCACGUAAAUCGAACGGGAAAUCAAUCGUUAUCCAAAAAUCCUUCCUCGUCAUUCGUAAUUGCAAUUCAAAAUCAAAAAUUGAAGAGGCGGAAAGCAAAUGCAGAUGCAAAGGCAACAAGCGCUAAGUAAAUGCUACCAUGGGCCGCUCCAAGUUUCCCGGCAAGCCAUCCAAGUCGAUCAACCGUAAGCGGAUCAGUGUCCUGCAGCUGGAGGAUGAGGCCACUGCCACCGCAGGCGCCUCGAAUCCGAGUCCGCAUUCCGAUCCCCCGCCGCCUUUAGAGCAGCCUCCUCCGACGCCACCUCAGCAGACGGAGUCUCAAACGGGAGCCGAAUCCGCGCCAGCGCGCGAAAAGGGCGGCCACAACAAUUGUGAUAACGAUGAGGACGAUAAUCCGCCGGGCGCCGGUGCCUCGAUCUCGGGCAAUGCGACCGGAUCCUCCUCAUCCUCCACCUCGGAAACCACGGGCAAUGGCUCGAGUUCCAGCUCAGGAUCCGGCUCCGGAUCGGGUUCGGGUUCCACCAAUGGCAACGGAGUAAAUGGUGGUACUCAUCACAAAAGUGCAACCAACGGAGCGGAGCAGGAUCAAAAUACAAAUGGUGAUAAGAGUAAAAGCAGUUCGAGGAGAGUUUCCACGGGAAGUCUAGUGGGAAUAGGAACCUCUGCUGGAGCAGCGGCUAACGGAAAGCCCUCGACAAGCUCUGGGAAAGCGUCAGGAGCUGCUAGUGGAAAAUCUACAGGAUCAUCUGCGGGCAAGUCUUCGAGGACCGCGACAUCGUCAGGGAUCUCUUCAGCCAGAUCGUCGGAAGUGCUAGCCACCUCUGUCUUGCCUUCUGCAGCCAAUUCUGGAGUACCUGCUGGAGCAACAACCUCUGCAAAGUCUCAAGGAGCAUCUUCGGAGGUAUCCGGCUUUGGAAAGUCUCUCAGCUUAACCAUUAGUACAUCGUCCGGAAAGUCUAGCAAAGGAACUACUGCUGAAGCCACCUCUGGAGCAGCAUCUCCCAGACCCGGACUGUCCCCCGGUGCAGCGUCAGCUCCAUCUGCCGGAUUACUCUCGCCCGGAGCCAUCUCCCCAGGCGGUUCCUUUGCAAUAAGCGCGGCAUUGCUGCGCGCCCGCAAGAAUGGCAACAAGAAGUUCAAGAAUCUAAACCUUGCCAGGGCCGAAGUAAUGCUGCCCUCCACCUCCAAACUAAAGCAGCAGCAGCAGCAGCAGCAGUUGCAACUCAACUGCCCAGUGGCGGAGAGCCCCUCCUCCUCAACCCCAGCCUCCUCCGCGCCGGCAGCCACCGCUUGUCCCUCUGCGCCAGAGGCGGGAACGUGCGAGCCGGUCGAGGAAGCCGCCCCGAAGCGAGUCGCUAGCGAAAUGCCCAAUGAAGGCGCCCUGGAAGCCCCUCCAUCGAGCUCUGCAUCAGGGUCCAAUGGUGCAGGAUCGGGAGGACCAGCUCCAGGUGGUGUUCCAGCACCCGGAGCAGGAGGAGCAAUAGCUACUGGCAAUAGUAUCCCCAAUUCAGGAUCAGGAGCAGGAACUGGAGCUGGAGGAGCAGCAACAGCAGCAGCGACAACAACGGCAGCCAAGCAAAAGAAGACGGUGACCUUCAGGAAUGUGCUGGAGACGAGCGACGACAAGUCGGUGGUGAAACGAUUCUAUAAUCCGGACAAUCGCAUCCCUUUGGUCUCCAUCAUGAAGAAGGACUCGCUGAACCGGCCGCUGACCUACUCCCGCGGCGGCGAGUGCAUCGUGCGGCCUUCCAUCUUGUCCAAGAUACUCAACAAGAAGAACUCCAACAUUGACAAGCUCAAUUCGCUCAAGUUUCGAUCGGCGCCAGCUUCGAGCUCUCAGGACUCGGGAGUAGGUUCGUCUCCCAAUGUGUUUGGUUUAUCCCGCGCCUUUGGCGCUCCCAUGGAGGAGGAUGAUGACGAGCAGGGUGGUGUAACCUUUCGCCGAAACGAAGAUCAAAACAACAAGGAAAUGGACGACGAAAUGAUGGACGAAGAUGAGUGUGAGGAGGAUGCGGAAGACGAGGAAGAUGACAACGAUCAAGAAGACCUUGAUGAGGCAGCCUCCGAUAAGAGCGCGGAAACAGAGAAGAGUGAAGGAGGAGCUGAGGACAGUGAAGAGAAGCAGCAGCUGGUCAUGGACUCGCACUUUGUGCUGCCCAAGAGGAGUACCCGAUCCUCGCGCAUUAUCAAGCCCAAUAAGAGGCUGCUAGAAGAGGGGGCCAUCAGCAAGAAGCCUCCGCCUCCGCCCAAAAGCCUCUUUGGGGGAGCUUCCUCGGUGUCCUCCACCUCAGCUGGUAGCCUCAAAAUCCCCAGCUUUGGAAGCCUUAAAUCAAAUACCAGUGUAGCCGCGAGCUCAAGCUCAAGCAUCUUUGUGCUGAGGCAACCGCGCUUGCAGUUCCAGGCGGACAGCAAGCUAGGACCCAGUGCCAUUCCCACGACGCCAGCAGCAGGAGUAGGAGCCCUGACGGUGUCCACCUUCGGAACGCUAGCAGGUCAGAGCAGCAGUCCCAGCACUUGUGCCGUGUGCUGUACGACGGUCAAGGAAGUGACCCAGGCCCGUAAGUACGGAGUUGUGGCCUGCGACGUCUGCCGGAAGUUCAUCUCGAAGAUGACCAAGAAGUCUAUAUCGGCCACUUCGAGCAGUGCCAAUGCCAAUGCUGCCUCCUCUUCGACGAGCCACCAGCAGCAGCAGCCGCAGCAGCUGCAGUGCAAGGGUAGCGAAGGUACCGCCUGCAGCUUCCACUCGGGAAAGAGCCAGUUGAAGAACUUCAAGAAGCUGUACAAGGAGAGAUGCUUGGCCUGCUGGCUGAAGAAGUGUCUCAUCUCCUUUCAGCUUCCGGCGGCGCACAGGAGUCGUCUGGGUGCCAUUCUCCCAGUAGGAAUGCGGCCAGAGGCCAAUUCCCGAGAGGAUAAGAUCUCCACGGAACUGCUAUCACCCACAGGUAGCUUGAGAUUCGCCGCCUCUGCAGUCUCCACGACCUCCGCCUCAUCUUCAACUUCAACCUCUGGCGUCAAGUGGAAGUCUAGUCCGGACUCUACGUCAACUCUGCCCACGAUUAAGGCCAAUCCAUUGGCGGAAAACAAUGUGACAUUUGGCAGCACUCCUCUGUUGCGUCCCGCUAUCCUGGAAAAGCCGCUCUUCCUCAAGAUAAGCAAUGCGGCGGACCAGAAGCUUACAGCUGGUGAGGCGAUCAGUCCCAGUCCGUCGGCGAGGAAGGCUUCAAUCAAACAGGAGAAGGCCAAGGAGAAGGAGAAGGAAAAGGAGAUGGAGCAGCAGCAAAGUGAAAAGCCCCUCAGUCCCGCCUUGGCAGUGGCCAAAAAAUCAGCAGCUUCAGCGGAACCUGUAUCUACGGAGUCCCAGAAGGAGGAGACGCCGCAGACAGCAGCUGCGUCUGCACCAUCAUCUGCUGGAUCCUCUCAGGCUGCAGCAGCUGUUCAAGCUCCAGAAGUUACUCAAGGUGAAGCCAGUAAUGUUCCAGGGGAUGGUCUGAAGCGUCAGAGGAUUGACUUGAAGGGCCCGCGAGUGAAGCAUGUAUGUCGCAGUGCCUCCAUUGUUCUGGGCCAACCCUUGGCUACCUUCGGAGAGGAUCAGGAAGAGGUUGAUGAGCAAGAGCGCCAGGAGAUUGCAUCGUCCAUCGUUGGUUCAGAGCCAGCGACGACUAAUCCUGCUCCAGUGACGGUUACAGAUGAGAACGACAACUGUGCCACCUGUAAAACGCCGCCUGUUGAGGAGCCCAAGCCCAGUAAAUCCUCGCCAGCAGAAGUAAAAAAGGUAGCAACAACUGCCGGAAAGGAGGGAGGAGCCACAACAACGGGAAAGGUUACCACCAGGACAGUGGUUGCGGCCAGCAAAAAGCAGCGAAACGGAGACAUUACCUCCUCCUCCAUUUCCGUCGUUACCCAAUCCCAGAGUCAAACGCAAGGACGCAGGACGAAGGAACAGAGGCAGCAGCAGCAACGCACCCUGAUAUCAAUCGAUUUCUGGGAGAACUACGAUCCGGCAGAGGUGUGCCAAUCGGGCUUCGGUUUAAUUGUAACGGAGACAGUAGCUCAGCGGGCGCUGUGCUUCCUCUGCGGCUCAACAGGUCUGGAUCCGUUGAUCUUUUGCGCCUGCUGCUGCGAACCGUAUCAUCAGUAUUGUGUCCAGGAUGAGUACAACCUGAAGCACGGCUCCUUUGAGGAGACUACGUUAAUGGGCAGCCUGCUGGAGACGACGAUUAAUGCCUCCACCGGAGGAGUAGGAGGAGGAUCUUCAUCGCUCAAUCAGCUGACACAACGCUUAAACUGGCUAUGCCCACGCUGCACUGUCUGCUAUACCUGCAACAUGUCCUCCGGAUCGAAGGUCAAGUGCCAAAAGUGCCAGAAGAACUAUCAUAGCACAUGUCUGGGCACCAGCAAGCGACUCCUGGGUGCCGAUCGUCCGCUCAUCUGUGUUAAUUGCUUGAAGUGCAAGUCCUGCUCCACGACGAAAGUGUCCAAGUUUGUGGGCAACCUUCCCAUGUGCACGGGCUGCUUUAAACUCCGCAAGAAGGGCAACUUUUGUCCCAUCUGCCAGAGAUGCUACGACGACAACGACUUCGAUCUGAAGAUGAUGGAGUGCGGCGAUUGCGGUCAGUGGGUGCAUUCCAAGUGCGAGGGCCUUAGCGAUGAGCAGUACAACCUGCUGAGCACGCUCCCGGAGUCCAUUGAGUUUAUUUGCAAGAAGUGUGCCCGGAGGAACGAGAGCUCAAGGAUCAAGGCCGAGGAAUGGCGACAAGCUGUGAUGGAAGAGUUCAAGGCGAGCCUGUAUAGUGUGCUGAAGCUGCUUAGUAAGUCGAGGCAGGCGUGCGCCCUUCUCAAGCUGAGUCCCCGCAAGAAACUGCGCUGCAUUUGUGGAGCUGCUAGCCACGGUAAACUGCAGCCCAAAGCCUUGCAAUUUAACAGCGGAUCGGACAAUGGUCUGGGCAGUGAUGGUGAGUCGCAGAACAGCGACGAUGUCUACGAGUUCAAGGAGCAACAGCAGCAGCUCCUGAAGAAGUCGCGGGUAAAGUCACUGCCCUGCUCCUGCCAGCCGUCGUCAGCCAUCGGUAGUAGUCACAGCAGUCAUCCGCAGUCCUUUAGUCUGGUGGAGAUUAAGCAAAAGAUUGCCGGGAACUCGUACGUUUCCCUCGCCGAGUUCAACUAUGACAUGAGCCAGGUGAUCCAGCAAAGCAACUGCGACGAACUGGACAUUGCCUACAAGGAGCUACUGAGCGAACAGUUCCCGUGGUUUCAGAACGAAACGAAGGCCUGCACGGACGCCCUUGAAGAGGAUAUGUUUGAGUCGUGCUCCUACGAAGACCUGCAGGAUGCCGGCGCAGGAAGUGGCUCUGUGUACAAUGAACACUCACAGCAGCAGACAGAGUCCCGAUCGGGCGUCCUCGACAUACCCCUCGAGGAGGUGGACGAUCUGGGCGGUAGCUGCGGAAUCAAGAUGCGUCUGGACACCAGGGUGUGCCUGUUCUGUCGUAAGAGUGGCGAGGGUUUGUCCGGCGAGGAGGCACGUCUCCUGUACUGCGGCCACGAUUGCUGGGUGCACACCAACUGUGCCAUGUGGUCGGCGGAGGUGUUCGAGGAGAUCGAUGGUUCGCUUCAGAAUGUGCACAGUGCGGUGGCCAGGGGCAGGAUGAUCAAGUGUACGGUGUGUGGCAACCGCGGAGCCACCGUUGGCUGCAACGUACGGUCCUGUGGCGAGCACUAUCACUAUCCCUGUGCGAGGAGCAUUGAGUGUGCCUUUCUUACGGACAAGUCCAUGUACUGUCCGGCGCAUGCCAAGAAUGGGAAUGCCCUGAAGGCCAAUGGUUCUCCCAGCGUCACCUACGAAUCCAACUUUGAGGUGUCCCGACCAGUCUACGUGGAGUUGGAUCGGAAGCGAAAGAAGCUUAUUGAACCCGCAAGGGUGCAGUUCCACAUAGGAUCUCUUGAAGUUCGACAACUAGGCGCCAUUGUGCCAAGAUUCUCCGAUUCCUACGAGGCUGUGGUGCCCAUCAAUUUCCUGUGCAGUCGGUUAUACUGGUCAUCGAAGGAACCGUGGAAGAUAGUGGAGUACACGGUGCGCACCACUAUCCAAAACAGUUGCUCCACCCUGACAGCGCUGGAUGUGGGCAGGAACUACACUGUGGAUCACACGAAUCCGAAUGGCAAGGAGGUACAGCUAGGGUUGGCGCAAAUUGCACGCUGGCAUAACAGCUUGGCCCGGAAUGACCUCCUGGAGAGCGACUGGAGCACCGGGGAGUUCCCAAGCACGAACUCCUGUGUGCCGCCUGACGAGAACACAGAGGAGGAGCCGCAACAGCAGGCCGAUCUGCUGCCGCCCGAGAUCAAGGACGCCAUAUUUGAGGAUUUGCCGCAUGAACUGCUCGACGGCAUCUCGAUGCUGGACAUCUUCAUGUACGAGGAUCUGGCGGACAAGACGGACCUGUUUGCCAUUAGCGAGCAGUCCAAGGAUGGCACUCAGGCGAUGUCCUCCAAUCAGACGCAGAGCCAGCAGGGUCAGCAUCAUGUGAGCAUCUGCGACGAGGAUACGAGGAACUCCAAUACGAGCUUAGGCAAUGGCGGUUGGCCGGCCAGCAAUCCCGUGGAAGAUGCCAUGCUCUCGGCGGCCAGGAACUCGAGUCAGGUUCAAAUGCUCAAGACACUGGCGUGGCCGAAGCUGGACGGGAAUAGUGCCAUGGCGAAUGCCAUCAAAAGGCGUAAGCUCUCCAAGAACCUGGCUGAAGGAGUGCUGCUCACGCUAAGCAGUCAGCAGCGCACCAAGAAGGAGAUGGCCCAUGUGGCCGGUGUGUCACGGAGGCAGUCCAUCAGCGAGACAGUUUCCGUCGAAGGAGGAGCCACUACAUCCGGCAGUGGAUCGAUGCGCAGCAAGAGCUUCACCUGGAGUGCGGCCAAGCGGUAUUUUGAGAAGAGCGAGGGACGUGAGGAGCCUGCCAAGAUGCGGAUCAUGCAAAUGGACGGCGUGGAUGAUUCCAUCACCGAGUUCCGUAUCAUUGCUGGCGAUGGAAACCUUUCCACGGCUCAAUUCACCGGGCAGGUGAAGUGUGAGAGGUGCCAGUGCACGUAUCGCAACUAUGACUCCUUCCAGCGUCACUUGCCCACAUGCUGUGAUCCCGCCAUGUCUACCAGUGAGUCGGAUUCGGAUGUGAAUGCAGCGACCAGCACCAAUAAUCCCGCGCAGCUGAGCGCCGAGAGCCUGAACGAACUGCAGAAGCAACUCCUGGCGAAUGCCGGCGGUCUGAACUACCUGCAGACCACCACAUCCUCGUUUCCGCAAGUCCAGAGCCUGGGUUCCCUGGGCCAGUUCGGUCUGCAGGGUCUGCAGCCUCUCCAGCUCCAGCCUCAGUCCCUGGGCAAUGGGUUCUUUAUCUCGCAACCGAAUCCCACAACGCAAACGAAUACGGAUGAGCUGCAAUUGUACGCGAAUUCCCUGCAGAGUCUGGCCAAUUUGGGAGGAGGAUUUACCCUCGCCCAGCCAACGGUGACGGCUGCUCCAGCGCCUCAGCCCCAGUUGAUAGCCGUUUCCACGAAUCCCGAUGGCACCCAGCAGUUCAUACAGAUUCCCCAGGCGCAAAUGCAGGCCACAACGACGGCGGCGCCAACGGCCACAUACCAGACGUUGCAGGCCACCAAUACAGACAAGAAGAUAAUGCUCCCUCUGACGACAGCGGGCGGAAAGCCUCUGAAGACGGUGGCCACCAAAGCGGCACAGCAGGCGGCGGCCGCCAAGCAGAAGCAGCUGAAGUCCGGCCACCAGCAGGUGAAGCCCAUUCAGGCCAAGCUGCAGCCGCAUCCUCAGCAGCAGCAGCAGCAGGUGCAUCAACAGGUGCAGCAACCAAUCACGGUGAUGGGCCAGAACCUCCUCCAACCGCAGUUGCUCUUCCAGAGCAGCGCGCAGGCGCAGGCGCCGCAGCUCAUCUUGCCGCAGGCUCAGCCACAGAACAUCAUCUCCUUUGUAACGACGGGUGAUGGCAGUCAAGGUCAGCCGCUUCAGUACAUCUCUAUACCAACGACGGGGGAGUACAAGCCGCAGCCGCAGCCAACGCAGUUCCUUACCACUGCUCCUGCGGCCGGUGGGGCGACCUAUCUGCAAACGGAUGCGAGCGGGAACCUAAUGCUCACCACCACACCAACCAAUUCCGGACUGCAGAUGUUGACUGCACAGCCCCAAGUGAUUGGAACACUGAUUCAACCGCAGACGCUUCAACUAAGCGGAGCCACAGAUGGCAGUCAGGCGGGCGGUGGCCAUCAUCAUCAGCAGCAGGUGCAGCCCUUGAUCUUGGGCGGCACAGGCGGCGGAGCCACUGGCCUGGAGUUUGCGACGACAACCACGCCUCAGGUGAUCCUGGCCACUCAACCAAUGUACUACGGCCUCGAGACAAUCGUACAAAAUACGGUGAUGUCGUCGCAGCAGUUUGUAUCCACCGCCAUGCCCGGUGUGCUCAGCCAGAAUGCCAGCUUCUCGGCCACCACCACGCAGGUGUUCCAGGCGAGCAAGAUAGAGCCAAUUGUGGAUCAUCUGCCCGCUGGUUAUGUGGUGCUCAACAAUCCGGGAGAUGCCACGAGUGCCGGCACCACCUUCCUCAAUGCAGCCAGUGUCCUCCAGCAGCAGCAGCAGCAGCAACAAACUCAGGAUGAUUCUGCCACACAGCAGCUGCUGCAGAAUGCCAACUUCCAGUUCCAGACAUCUGUGCCCAGUUCCUCGACAACGUCGUCCUCAACAUCGAUGGAAUUCAGUUCACCGAUGGUGGUCACGGCCAAGAUUCCUCCGGUGACGACGCAACUGAAGCGGACGAAUGCCCAGGCGAAGGUGGCGGGCAUGUCCAAGGUUCCGCCACAGCCACAGGUGGUGGUUAACAAGGUGCAGCCCACCAGCAUGGCCCAGGCGCAAAUGAAGAGUUCCUCCGGUCUCAAGCAAGUCUCUCAGCAGCAGCAGAUGAAGAGCAUGAAGACGGCGGCGGCGGGAGGAACUGGAACCAAUUGCGGAGCACCGCCCAGCAUUGCUUCGAAGCCGCUGCAGAAGAAGACGAAUAUGAUUCGACCCAUACACAAGCUGGAAGUAAAGCCCAAGAUGAUGAAGCCCACGCCCAAGACGCAGGCGAUGUUGCAGCAGCAACCACAACAGCAGCAGCAACAUCAUCCUGCCGUAGUGAUCAGCAGCCAGGUGCCCAAGGUUGUUCAGCAGCAGCAACAGCGUAUUCCGGCUCAGCCACAGCAGCAGCAGCAGCAAACGCAGGCCACAGCGCAGCUACUCCACAUCCCGCAGCACCCACAGCAGACACUCCAGCUCCAGCAACAGCAGCAGCAGCAACCGGUGCAAGUCCAGUCCUCCAUGCCGAUCAUAACCAUUGCCGAGGCAACGCCAGUGUCAGUGCCAACGAUCCAGAACCAGACGCAAUUUGUUGUAGAGGAGCAGCCGCAGCAGCAGCAGCAGCAGGAUUUGCUAAAUCGUGUGCAGGUGCAGCACUUUGCCAGCAGCAACAACAACAGCAACACAGGGAGCAGUAGCAACUGCAACAGUGUGCUGCCCACCAAUGUGGUGAAUCCCCUGCAGCAACAGGCGCCACCAACCAGUAGCAGUAGCUCCACCACGCGCCCCACAAACCGUGUGCUCCCUAUGCAGCAGCGCCAAGAGCCAGCUCCUCUAGCCAACGACUGUUCUGUGGCCCCGUCGCCUACACCACCGCCGAAGCCUCUCGAACAGCAGUUAAUCCCACAUCAGUUGACCAGUGUGAGUGCUCCGUCCAAGUGUUACGCUCAAUUGAAGGCUGCAUCGUCGCCCUCGCCCGUUUACGAGACGGAACUAAAGUCCGUGCCGGGCCUGGAGAGCAUUGUGCCGGUAGUUGCCCACAUGGAUACCAUUCUGGAGGAGCAACCGGCCACAGAGUCCAUAUAUACCGAGGGGCUGUACGAGAAGCAUUCGCCAAGCGAUGCGAAGACGGAGCAGUUGCUCUUGCAGCACCAGCAGCGUGAGCAGCUGAGUCAGCAGCUUGCCAGCAACGGGUACAGCUUGCAUUUGGACAAGCAUAGCUUCCAGGCCAUGGAGGUUAUGGAAACGGAUGCUUAUAACAACCACGCGGAUGAUGAUCUCGACGAGGAACUCGACGAAGACGAUGACGACGAGGAGGAUGAAGAUGAGGAGGAUGACUUCAGCCUCAAGAUGGCCACCUCGGCAUGCAACGAUCACGAGAUGUCCGAUAGCGAAGAGCCGGCGGUGAAGGAUAAGAUUAGCAAGAUUCUCGACAACUUGACCAACGAUGACUGUGCGGACUCCAUAACCACGGCCACCACAAUGGAGGUGGUGGAGGCUAGCACUGCAGGCUAUCAACAGAUGGUGGUGGAUGUCCUGGGCACCACAGCUGCUGCAGCGGCCCCAGAGUUCGAGGAGGGUGGUCUGCUGGAAACGGAUGCCGUGGAAGCAGCUGCCAGCUACAUCAACGAAAUGGCAGCUCAAGUUCUAGAGCUCAAGCAGUUGCAGAAUGGAGUGGACCUGGAGCUCAGGCUUAGGCGGAAGCAGCAGCAGCAGCAACAACAACAGUCACAAGAAUUGGAGCCUGUAAAAGGAGUGACCAUGGUGCCGCCGCCCACACUAGGUGCUCCCGAACCACCGACGACGCCGCCACCCGUUCGAGAGCCAAGGAAAAUAAGUGGUCCCCAUCUUCUAUACGAGAUCCAAAGCGAAGACGGUUUCACCUACAAGUCCACUUCGAUAGCAGAGAUCUGGGAGAAGGUGUUUGAGGCGGUGCAGGUGGCCAGGCGAGCCCAUGGCCUGACACCGCUGCCAGAGGGUCCGCUAGCGGAUAUGGGCGGCAUUCAGAUGAUUGGCCUGAAGACGAACGCGCUGAAGUAUCUUAUCGAACAGCUGCCGGGCGUGGAGAAGUGCUCCAAGUAUACGCCCAAGUAUCAUAAGCGGAAUGGUAACGUUUCGACGGCAGCGAGUAUUGGUCAAGGCGGCGGCACUUGCGGAGGAGGUGGAGGAAGUGCCAGGGCAGCGGCGGCUGUUGCUGUUGGAGGCGAUGCCCACCACAGCCUGCUCGACUAUGGCUCUGAUCAGGAACUGGAGCUGCAGGAGAAUGCCUUCGAGUGUGCCCGCUGUGAGCCGUACGCCAAUCGCAGCGAGUACGACAUGUUUAGCUGGCUGGCUUCCAGGCAUCGCAAGCAGCCCAUCCAGGUGUUUGUCCAACCGUCGGACAAUGAACUGGUGCCCAGGCGAGGAACUGGCAGCAAUCUACCCAUGGCAAUGAAGUAUAGGACUCUGAAGGAGACCUACAAGGAUUAUGUUGGCGUCUUUCGCUCACACAUCCAUGGACGUGGUCUCUACUGCACCAAGGAUAUCGAAGCUGGUGAAAUGGUCAUUGAAUACGCUGGCGAGCUCAUCCGGUCCACGCUAACGGACAAGAGGGAACGAUACUAUGAUGGCCGCGGCAUCGGUUGCUACAUGUUCAAGAUCGAUGACAAUCUGGUAGUGGAUGCCACAAUGCGCGGCAAUGCGGCCCGCUUCAUUAAUCACUCCUGUGAGCCAAAUUGCUACUCCAAGGUAGUGGAUAUACUCGGACACAAGCACAUCAUCAUCUUUGCCCUGCGCCGCAUUGUACAGGGCGAGGAGCUUACCUACGACUACAAAUUCCCCUUCGAGGAGGAGAAGAUACCCUGCUCAUGCGGCUCCAAGAGGUGUCGCAAGUACUUAAAUUAGAAACGGAAUGGGGCAAAUAGGAACGCUGGGCGUUCAGUAAAAAAUCUACAUACUCAGAGCGAGAAUUUAGGGGUUGUCAACACAAAAAGAGUAAGUAAUCUUAUGGGCAAUGUAUUCAUAAACUAUAGGUAGGGAUGGCUAAAAAUCUCAAAAUAAUCUAUAUAUGGAUUUUGAUCCAUAUAUCAAUAUUUUAAUAUUGCGAUAAAUCCAUAUUCGGUUUGAUAUAUGUAUAAAUUCAAUCCAGUUUUCGAUAACAUCGACAUUUUUAUCAUUUAUUUAGUCUUUUUCCUCGAUAUAUGUACGUCCCGAAUUUUAGAUACUUUCAUUUUGUUAACAGAUAAAAAAUCAUGACUUUUUUGAGUCAGAUUAUUGUUAUUAAUAAAUUUCACAAACAUCACGUAGUUUCUUAAAACUAUGCAAGUCCUGUCGCACUUUUAAAACUCUUUUAUUAAAAUGUUAAAGAUAGUAUUCAAUUUGCAUGACCAACUAGGGAACAUCUUAUUGAGCUGGCUUUUGUACAUUUUAAUAGAAUUCCAGUUUUAUUUUUAUUAAAUUUCUAGAAUAUUUAAAUUUUAACUCAAUUUACGAACGCUCAAACGGAUUCCUUUAAGAAUAAAAAAUCUAAACAGACAUUGCCCAUAGAUUACUUACGGUGGAAUCACAACCCCGACACACACCUGGAAUUGUGAAAUGUGAAACACUUGUAGUUAACGAAAGAUGGAAAGUUAUUUCGAUCUAUGUAUAUGUUUUGGUCCAAUCGUGAUAUACUUUUUCGUUUUAUGUAGUCCCCGAAAUAUAUACUUCUUAAGCAGUUAAGAUAAGAGAGUUGAAAACAGUUGAUAUUAUACGAGUAUAUACAUAUAUCCAAAAUAUCUGAAAAGAGAUCAUAUGGCAACGAAGGCAACACAGAAACUCGACGAUGUCAGUAUUCAGGAGGAAAGGGGGAGGUGGAAUUAAUUGUAUAUUAAAUAUGUUACGGAUAUGAUACAUUACGUAGAUUUUACUAAGGCUCCGUACAGAUUCUAUAUAUAAACUCGACGACUAAUUAACUAAACUAAGCUGAUUAAUAUACAUAUAAAACACUUGUUGUGCUUAGGCGAAUGAUGAACGUAUGAAAACGAUUAACUUACAGGGGCUUUUGUGUUAGAUUGUAAAUAUAUUGCAUGCGGAAACAUAAAUAUCUCUACAUAUUAUUAAUGUACAAGAAAAUGAAAAGAAAUUAACUUAAGUCUAACCAAGAUUGUGUAUAAGAAGAAAACUAUUUUAAUGUAGAAAGAGCUCGAGGGGCGUAUUUAUGUUUGAUUAAAGCUACGAAUUAAUAUCCGCUAAAACACAAUGCUUAUAUAUAUACUUAUAUAUUAUAUAUUUAGAGAAGGAAACCAAGCAUCACCCCCUUGAAAUUACCGAACAGAAACCACAAAUUGUAAUUGUAUAUUUAUUAUUUAACACCUUAAGUUGUAAGUUUUAAGCAAUGUACAUUUCUGUUUGCCUAGAAAAUCGGAGCAUACAAGUAUCAUACACACACAGACACAGCAGGAAUGCCACAGAAGUUGCUGUAAAUCACUUAAAAAACGGUUCGAAUAAUCCAAAUUCAAAUAAUAUUAUAUUAUGUAUGAGCGACUAGCUGUGGCACCCCUGCUGAUAAUCGUAAUAACCUUAGUUCUUCAGCAGCUCCCGAUUGUAUUCUACUUAGUUUAACACGAUUUAUGUUUCGCUCUUAAGACUCUAGCAUUAUAUAGUCCGCUCCUGGUAUUUUGUCCAAAAUUGUAUCAUGUAUAUUCCUAGCCAGCGCGAUCGGUCGGACUUGUACAGAGGCAAAACACACACAAAAAAAAGUUCCAUAGCAUUUUUUCUGGCAGCCAUUCAAUGAGACGAGCGCGCACCUUUUUUGGCACGCUGUUGUCGAAGGA